UCACUGUGCUUGACCCUGUUAUAUGAUUGUCUGAUCAGGCUGUGUGACGGUGGAUGAGGAUGUAGACCAGGUCAAAGACGGCAUCAGAGAUGGCUUCCUCAACAUAGACCGCCACAUGCACACCCUGGCCCACAACGAAACCUGGGACCACAGCGGGUCGACAGCAACCGCUGUCAUGAUGUCUCCACGAAACAUCUACUUCAUCAACUGCGGCGAUUCACGGACCUUCCUUUGCCGCGACGGCCAGGUGGUCUUCCACACAGAGGACCACAAACCUAUCAACCCACGUGAGAAAGAGCGUAUCCAGAAUGCUGGCGGCUCCGUCACUCUGCAGCGCAUCAACGGCUCGCUGGCCGUGUCCCGCGCCCUUGGUGACUUCGACUUUAAGGAGGUGGAAUGGAGGACUCAGACCGAACAGCUGGUGUCUCCUGAACCGGAGGUGUACGAGCUAGAGCGAAGCCCAGAAGAUGAGUUCCUGGUGGUGGCGUGUGAUGGCGUCUGGGACGCCAUCGGGAAUGAGGAGCUUUGUGCAUUUGUGCGCAACCGUCUGCAGGUCUGUGAUGAUCUGAGGGAGAUCUGCUCACAGGUCAUUGACCUCUGCCUUUAUAAGGGAAGUUUAGACAACAUCAGCAUUAUCAUUAUCUGCUUCGACGGCGCCCCCAAGGUGACCCCAGAGGCACUGCAACAGGAGGCAGAGUUAGAGCACAUCAUUGAGCAAAAAGUGGCAGAGAUCAUUAACGUGAUCAGAUCUAGAGACCAGGAACCUGACCUGCUCUAUGUGAUGAAAUUCCUGGCGUCUGAAGAUAUUCCCGGCCUCCCACCAAGUGGAGGAAUCUCAUGCAAGAAAGAUUGCAUAAUUGGCGCAUAUCAGAAAUAUGCAGCAGCCUUUAGAUCUCUUGAGCUGAUGGAUAUUGGCGGCUCUGAUGAGUCCACCUAGUGGCCUUUAUGUUGGAGAUGGAAUCGAGCCUUGAAUCUCUGUAGAUGUAAUAAUCAAUGUGAGGAGGACAUUUGUGCCACCUGCUUUACAGAGGUCAAAUUGUUUAGCCAAACUAUUUCUUUUUUAAAUCAAUGUUGUGUAUUGUAAACAUACAAACAGAAAUAACAGGAAGAGGAUGAUUUAUCAUUUGCUUUCAUGAAGGUAAAGCAUUUAACACUGACGCUAUGUAAAGCGUUUUAUGGAAGACAGAAAGUUUUUACUUUACUUAAAGGUGAAGUGUGGAACUGAUGUGUCACCAAAUGGAAUUGCAAGUGUUUUUGAUUAAGGAUUUCAAGGGCACAUGAAAAUUUCUCAUUUACAAUAAACACUCACAUUUAAAAAAAUGUGCCACAGAGCUGAAGUUUUUAGCAAAAAUGUAUUAAAUUAAAUUAAUACUUGAUUGUCUAUCCACUUGCAUGGGAUAAAAGAAAGCAAGCCCACUGAAUUACACAAAAUUGCACACAUCACCUUUAAAUAACUGUACUUUGUUAGCUUUUUAAGUAACACUUUUCUAAAUGUAUUUAAAUAAAUAAUUAUAUGUAAUAUUACAGUUAUAGGUUGUUUCAUGACUGUCUUCACGAAUUACCCAAGAUUUACUUAUUUAAGACUCAAUGUAUAAUUUGCAUAAGUGUAUUAUA